AUGGAUGUCCUUCUUCCCAAGAAACCCGCGCUGAAGAGGCGCGCUUCUUUAUCUCUUCUAUUUGGGUCGCAGAAACCAACAUUCGCAGCCCUAAACGAUAAGCCUACCCGCUACUACGAUUUCGUCGACACGCCGGCCCUCCGCAAGCCUGCCUCGCCAUUGAUCGAUCGUCAGGAUAUCCCUCCAGAACUCGAAUCGAAAAUUAAAUAUGCCUGUUCAUUGCUGGCGUACAGGAUUGAACAAGGGGUUCCGUCUCCUCCCAGAAACCAAAUCCAGCGGCGCACCACGCGGACAGGGCUAGUUGAACAAAUGCCAGUAAAAGCUCAACUAGAGUCGAAGUACCCGAUCUCGAAAAUGGGCAUGCAGACCGGGUAUGAUUCCGGUGUCGGUCUAACACAGCAGCCAAGUAUGCAGACAAUGAGGGUUCUGCACUCUCGCUCCGGCGAUGCAUCAGAUUCUGGAGACACAAGAACAGUGUCUAUCUUCAGUAAUAGCAAUACGCGUACUGGAACUUCCUGUUCCAAUACUAGUGCCAUUAACUCAACAACGCAAAGUCCUAAACAGAACGGGAACGAGCUGCAAUCAAUGACUGGUGAAAACGUCCCGGGGCAGGCACAAUACCAGGACUGUGAUACAAAGGCUUUCCUCACCGAGGCAUCACAGCCACUUUCCUCACAUCCUAUGACCAACAGAAAUGGGGACAGCCCUUCCACCACCAACAACAGACGCGAAAUCUUCCUCAACCCAGACACAACCACAACAACAAAUCUCUCCUCCGAGACCCUCUCCUCUCACCCAUCCCCAAGUCUAGGUCUUUCACGAGUUCCCGCACACCAAUACCAACCCUCCAACCUGCGCGACUCAUACCAAGCUCAAGAGCCGGAACAGGAGGACGGGCAAGAUUCCAACAUAAUCGGUCUAGGAACAACGUGCACCAACAGUUGGUCUCACCACGGCAGAACCCGCAGCAUAAUCAUCGACUCUGACGGCCGUGCCCGUCUCCUUACUCCCGACGAAGAAUCUCAGCGCAACCAAGCGCUUCAGCAGGCGGUGUUCGCGAGGAUGACACCGGGUUUCAUGAAGUAUAAUCCGAUACCGAUUCGUCAGCCCUGCGAGCGCCAAAGAAGGGAGACUACAUCAUCCGUUACACAAGACGGGCAGGCCGUUGGAAAUAAAAGACAUACUAUAAAUGACAAGCGAAGCGGUCAUUACUCGACGAGAAGUAUACUACGACGCAAGUUGCGGCUAGGUCAAAGACCCCGAGAGGACGAAGAGGAUCAUCAGAAGCAGAGUGAUGGUGUGUCCAUGUUAAAAAGGUUUGGGAAGAGAUUCUUCUCUCGCGAGCGCGAUGGUUGUUCGUCUGCCUGA